GCGCGUCCCCGCUCGGGAGCGCGCCCCCGCCCUCCCGCCCGCGCCCGCCGCAGCGCCGCUCCCUGCAGCCGCCCGGCGGGGUGUGGGGGAGGCGGCCGCUCGCUCCCACCCACCGCCCGCUCUCCCGCCACCCUGCAAGUCGCCCCGAUCUCCUCAGAAAAUGAUGCACCCGGUUGCCAGCAGCAAUCCAGCUUACUGUGGGACCGGCAAGAGUUCUUGCCUUAACGAAGACAACGUGAGAGCUGCCGAUCAGUUUGACUUGUACGCUACACAGCAAAGCAAAUAUAGCCACGCAGUCAGCCACAAACCGAUUGCGUGCCAGAGACAAGAUGCGUUGAACGAAUCGCACUUGCAGACCACAAGUGGCAGGAAUAUAGAGACAAAAGAUGAACUGAAGAAAAAGAAAAACCUCAACCGAUCUGGUAAACGUGGAAGGCCAUCAGGGACCACCAAAUCAGCAGGGUACCGAACCAGCACAGGUCGACCCCUGGGGACCACCAAAGCAGCUGGAUUUAAGACAAGUCCAGGCAGACCCUUGGGUACAACUAAAGCAGCAGGAUACAAAGUCAGCCCAGGCAGACCUCCAGGAAAAAAGCAGCAAGCCUUCAGGUGUUCCAGUGAUGCCUAACACAUAUUGAGCUGGACUUUAUGCUGUACUUUACAAUAGGUGUGUUGAAUUGUUUUGGGGGAACUGUGUAUGCACUGGCAACUAAGACAAUGAACCUCAACGGCUCCUUAGUCGAUAGAUGAACUAACGGCAGCUAAACUGCUACUAAAAAUAGUUUCUUCAUGCUGAAGCUAUGACAUCCAGUUUUAUGUUCUGUUCCUCAACAAACUCGCGAAUCUGAAAUUUAGCAAUCUUUCUCAGAACGAUGUAACUUCCGACCCAUGCAAAAUGCUAACGUGAGUAAAUUCACCCUCAGGAUCUGUGUUGUAUUGGCUGUUUUUAAUCAGAUGAUUUUUCAAAAAAAGACUGCUUUAAGUUCUUUCCUGAACUCAGCUGGGAAAGCCGUCCUCUUCAGCUGAAUGGAGUAACUGCACCUCGCUGCAAGGAACAACACGUGUUGCAUGUCACCGCUGUACCUUGGAGAAACUCCACGUCUUACCUCCUCCUUGAUCCUCUUCGCUCCUGUUUUGUUUCUCACUUUUGCAUCUACUCGAUGGUGCUGUGCCGUGUGUCAGGAGAUAAUGCAGAUGUAUUGCCGUUCUGCUAGUAUAAUGAAUUUUGUAUCGAGUAUGCUGAUGAACUAAUGAAAUCAUCUAAGCAGUUUCUGUUCAUUACCAUGUUUAUUGAUUAGAUCAGAUGGAAUAUAAUCCCAGAAAAAACAAACAAACAAAACACAAACAAUUAACGUUGUCAAUUGUGAAAUUAUGAACAUAAAGUAGAAAAGUGUUCUGAGAGUCUGUAACGGGCUGCUUGGCACUCUAGUUUUAGUUAGGAGACCAGAAAUGCACUGCUGAGCAUUUCCUAAUUCUGGUUUAUUUGAUAUCUGACUACAGCUUCCUGGUGCCGUGCAGUGAGGGGAAGAAAAAAGAAGAGAUUCAAAAUGAACUAGAAAUGAAAUUUUCAAAUACUUCUGCUUUUCCUAUGUAUAAUCUGCAGAAUACAUUGUACUCUUUUUCAACACUUUUCUUUCCGUGAGAAACACUGAAACAGCAUGCUAAUGCCUAAACUUUCUUAGUAUCAAUGGGAAAACUGGUCUUUUCCCCCCAUAGUAUGAAAACAUUACUUGCAAGGUAAAUUGCUUAUUUUAUGUAUCAUAAUUCAGCUAUUCAUAAACUAGGGUCACUGUUGUGUGUUAACACUGUUUGGAAGAUCUACAUGUCAAGUUUGUUUUUUAAUAAUUUCUUUUAAUUAUCAAGUUUCUAACAUCUUAUUUAUACAUAAAUAAAAUGUAUUAGCUUGCUAUUAUUCCUUAAUGAUGCUAUACAGUUCACUGUUUAAUAUACAUAUAAUAACUGCUAUUCAGUUUCUGAUUAAAUUUACUUAAACUUUAAAACCAAAUAAUUUUUCUAUUAUAAAGUCUUGCACUGGACAUAUUUAAGAUGCUAGCACCCUAUUUUGGCAGAAAAAAACUCAGAUACCAUCAGAAGUGGCUGACUUUGAUAUCAAAGGUAGUAUUUUUAAAAUCAGCAGUUAGCUUUGUCACUAAAGCAAUGUUUUUUAUAUCUUGGAUUUAGUAUCAAGAGCCAUUAAAGAUCUCUGUUCUGAAUGAAUAUAUUUUAUUUUGUCUGAAAGAUCUUAAGAGUUCAGUCAGGACGAAACCAAGCCUUGUCAGUGAAAAGUGAUGUGUCUGUGAAAAGAAUUACUUGGAACUACAAUACACAGAGUACACAGAUACAGUACAAUACACAGAUGAGAAUUUAACUCCCUCCCCCAUUUUUGAAGAGCUUUAAAAGGCAGAGCAAUGUGAAGUCAUUUGUCCGAUGGUUUCAUUAGCUGUAACUCUGCUAUUCUUUGUUAUGUGUGUAAUAAUGUUUCACGCUAUCCUUAGAGUUGACAAUUAAAACAGUUGAUAACAAUCAUAAAUACUUUGAACUGCAGACUUCAUUUCUGACCACAGAAGUUUAUUCUUUUCUAUUUUAAUGCAUAUAUUUUAACACUGCUUAAAUAUAUUUAUGAAUUUAGUAGAGACUAGACCUUUCUCCUUGUGAUUUUUUUUUUCCAAAUAGAUAAAUCUGUAUUCUGAAAUUUGAACCACUUUCUGAUACUUUAAUCUUUCAUCAUUGGCUUUUCCACAGGUUUACUUUGCAGGAAACAGUAAUCUGUUAAAUAACUAGUAUCAGCACCCAGUCCUCUGCUGUAAAAAGCCUGAUUAGAUACUGUGUAUGUUUUUAUGUCCAUGAACUUGAGCUACUCGUGUGCAAUUAUGUGUAUGGGAAUGGAGUAGUGUUCAUGAUCUGUAUUUACAUCAUCAUAUGGAUGUAUAUUUAUUAAUAAAGUUAAUACUUUAAAACCUAA